AUGCGUCCACUUCUCGGUGACGAUGCCCUUGUAGGGCGGUCGCGCAGUAAUGAUGAUACAGUGCUAAUACAACCCACACCAAUGACUUAUUUCUUGACCGAUGAGAAAAGCAUGAAACAACCAUCAUCUCCGCACCCAAUAUUAAACCCGAAUUUAAGUAUGGUUAAAAAAGACGGUGCUGGGCUUGAAAGUUAUGAAACUACGAGUCUCCUUGCUGGCGAUAUAGACGAUUCCUACGAGAGGCCACAUGUGACGAGGCAGAGCAAGAAGAAUUUCGGAGAGGAUCUGACGGCAAAUCUUGUGGAAGACCAAGCUGAAGGAAUAUCUCCUUAUUCAAGCCCCUCAGCAAAUGUUAGCAGAAAUGCUUCACCAUCCCGAACAUUUCAGAAUACCUUAUCCAGACCGUAUACUCCUCUAUCUUUUCAUUCACCCGCUCCAAAUUCUUUAAUGAGCAGUCCUGGCUCCCGUUUGAAUUUUAAUGCGGACAGUUUUCCAGAUGACCCCUCAAAUCAAGUCAAAAUAUCAAAUUUGGUUCAAGAGCAAGGAAUAACUCUACAAUCAACAGACUGUAGUGGAGCACCUCAACUCGUUAUGCCAAGUCUCAAAAUGCCCAGCCGUAGACCAUUUACAGAAAAUGGUAAAAACAUGGGCCGGCUAAAGAUCCUAGUGGCGGGGGACUCUAAUGUUGGCAAGACCUCUCUCUUGAAAGCAAUUGUACAAACCUGCGAAGAUAUUGUUCAUGUAGACUCUAUAUGUGUACCCACUUCAUCCAAGCGAGAUAGGCAUCGAAAUAUUUCGAAUCGCAAAAAAUCAAGAAGUGGUAACUCGAAUUCUGAAGCAACUUCGCAUAUAACCGAAAUAUACGCAAGUACUAAGCCAUAUCCAGCGUGGUGGUCAGAUUUAGAUGAAUGCAGGAUACUAAAGCGGCGAAACUCGGGAGAGAUUGUGUUGGAGAGAAAUUUGUGUUUUGUCGACACCCCAGGUUACGGUAACCAAAAUUCGCAAUUAGAAUGUGCUUCUUCCGUUAUAGACUACAUCGAAGCUCAGUUCAGGAAAAUUUCCACUUUCAAUGGUCUUAGCGAAUCUGAAAUGAUAAACAUGCUCAGCGGGAAUGGAGGAGCCCAAGUAGACGUGGCAAUAGACAUUGAGUAUCUGCGCAGGCUAUCCCGGCUAACAAGCAUAAUCCCACUUAUAGCUCACGCGGACGUAUAUUCCGAGGAAGAAAUCUCAAUAAUAAAGCAAAAUAUACAUAGUGAGCUAAGAUCAGCUGAUAUUAAACCAUUUAUCUUUAGAAUUCAAUCAGAGCAAGCUCGAGAUUCAACCCAAACGUUUAGUCCAUUCGCCGUAUCUAGCUCUGUUUCAAAAGAUCUUCAAACUAUGGACGCUAGCCUUUUAAUGUCCCCUGAUUAUGUACAGCCAUUGGUAGACUCUGAGCUCAAAGAUUUGGUUGCUCAGCUAUUUGAGCAUGACACUAUUUCCUGGCUACGACAUUUGGCGGCAAAAAAAUAUGUUCACUGGCGAAUUUCAUCUUUACUAGACUCUACUUCCCAGUCUCUCUCCCAAAUUCAUCCAAUUCCAUUGAUGUCUCAAGUUCUUACUGCGCCAGUGGGAGCUACUACAGCUUUUGCACUGGCCCGAAUCACCGAUCAUACCCAACGAGAAGAACGUAUCGCUCAGGUACGACUGGCAAACUGGGCUGCACAACUUCAGCGCAGUCUUCAAGAUGAGCGCAUUCAUUUUGAAGACUUGGCAAGAAACGAUCGGGCUGUUUGGCUAACCAAACGUCUCAGCGAAUGUGUUCAAGACGGUACUAUUAUUCCAGUUUCACGAGUCCGCAAAGAAAAGUUUACAUUGAAUCCAGAUUUAAGUGCUGUGGUAAAACCAGGCUCAUUUCCCGCGAGGCAAGUCGAGGAAAAUUUUGAUAAGAAUGAUCCUUUAGGCCUCAUACUUCUGAGUCAUAGAAUUAAGCAGAGAGGAUGGGCUAUAUUAAAAAUUGCUGGAAGUUUAGGAAUUAUUAGUGGGCUAGCAAUUUGGGUAACACGUAAAUGGCGCGAAAAUUGGCAAAUCGGUGGAUUGGAAAUGAGGGACUGGGUCGGUCUCCACGUCCCUUACGGUAUAUACAUCAACAGAGAAAACAACAAUGUUUUAGUUACUAUUACGUUUCUUAGAAGAAAUCCAAUUAGCAACGGUGUUAAGAAAGUCGAUUACAUUUGA